UCAUACACGCACAAACACGCACACAGGUGCAGAGGAAUGAGAUGAGGAGUGCUGCUAUGAAGGAGGUGGAUGCACAUGGAUGACAGCGUAGCAGAGACAAGUGGUGUGGAGGAGGGGGAGUCACACACACUGGGACAAGACCAUGGCUUGAAGAUGAGCAGUCCUCAGACCAAGUCGGAAGAGAAAGACUGUUCGACCCCAGAAGAACUGGAGUGUAAAAUCUGUUACCAGCGCUACAAUGCACACAACCGGAAGCCUAAGAUCCUGGACUGCCUGCAUCGGGUCUGCACCCGCUGCCUCAUCAAGAUCCUGGACAUCGCUGACAGAGCGGGCUGCAUUCCCUGCCCCUUCUGCCGACACCAGACUGAGAUCACAGAGUGCCAGGUCUCCGCUCUGCCCGACGACGUUAACAUCAUGUCCCACCUGGCCAUGCGGGACAAGCCCAGUAGCACGGACCAGAACAGGGAGGUGGUCCUGACUCCCAAGAGUUUCUCCUCCACCAGCUCGUCCUGCGACUCCUCCAACUGCCUAGUCAUCACUAUAAUGGAGGUUCCGAGGGACUCGCAGCGCUCUCCAAGCCGGAAUGGCAGCUCUGAUAUCUACGCUGAGCAGAGCCUGGACUCCGUGUCAAUAGGCUCUAACGGGCCUGCUGAUCCUGAUCCCUUGCCUAAGUUCUGUAAUCAUGUCCCACGCAUCUUGGUCUGGCUGCUGGGUUUCUUAUAUUUUGGUUCGCUGCCUCUAGGAAUCUACUUGUUAGUGAUCCAGAGAGUGACUCUUGGAAUCGUAUGUGUUAGUUUAGUGCCAUCGAGCCUGACAGUUUGCUUAGUUUACGGGUUUUGCCAGUGCCUGUGUCAGGGCAUGUGUGAUUGCUUCGCCAGAGGCUAAUGGGAUGAUAACCGGUUGUUCCAGCAAUAAGGAAGGAGUCAACUUCAGAGAACAUGGGAGAUGCUGUCUUCUGUGGAUAGAUAAGAAGCUCAAGUCGAGAAUAACUUCCUGCUCUGCACCGGCUUAGUAACGAGCCCAGCAGGCAGCUGCUGUCAUACAAUUAAAGGCCAGUAAGAUGGAAUAAGAAGACUAUUUUCAGUCAUGUGCUGUGCUUGUUUUUAUGCCURCUGCUGCAGCUCAGACACCAGCUUGGCCAAGAGGAACAGAGCCACGCCGAGCUCAGCGAGUGGCGGGAGCCUACAGUACAUGUACCUGCAAUCCUGUGAUGUAUGUUUGUGACCUUUAACUGUUCUGUGUUUGCAUAUGACCUGGUCUAACAGAACAUUAAAGAGCAGACCGUUAACAUCACACCAAGUCAAAUCUUUAAAGAUGAGAUUUAAGAAAAAUAGACCAAAUCAUAACUGGACCCUUGGUUUUCAACUUUUUGUUCAAACAUAAUCAUGAAUGUAAAAUGUUCUUCACAAAAUCAUUUUAAACAAAUGAGAAACUGAACCUAUGACUAUAACUUGCUGUGAGGCAACUGUGGUAACCACUAAUCCAUCGUGCUGACCAGGAUCAUAUUAUUUGCCAACAAAAAAGGUCUUGUUUGUUCGCACAUCUAUGAUUGGAAAACUAUAAAAUAAAUUUUAAAAACUUUUACGGUGUGAGGCUUAUAGAUUCUGAGGGCAAAAAGGUGAGGAUCGUGACUUUUUGAUUUCUGCUAAUUAAUUUUAACUUUAAAUUGUGGUGAUGUAUUUUUACAGGACAAAAAUCUAAACAUAAAAUGAAACAAAACCUGAAACAAUUCAAUAAUUACAUGACUAAGCACAAGGUGAAAAGUCCACUUUGACUGUAACUGUUAAGAAUUAGAUUAGGACCGAUGGUUUUUAUAUUAUUUUUUUUCUCGUGUCAUUUAUUAGCUUAAAUCAGUUCAGUAUUUGUGACGAAAUAAACGGUAAGCUUCACAACUUCUUCUAACAUCAGCACACUUUCCAGUCUGUCAGUGGUUCAACGUCGUGUAGAUUUCAGUACGUUCAGGCUUUUCCCUUCAGCUCUGCACACAUCCUGUUGAGCCAGAUUUGUCUUGUGAGGCGUUGAGAAUGAACGCUGUUAAACCCUGACAUAACUGGCAUUUCUGGCAGCCCUUCAGAGAAAGGGUUUGCAGGCUGUAAAAUUAUUUCACAAACAUGUUUCUCUACGUAACCUGACUGCUCAUGAGCAGUGUGGUUUACAUUUAAUGAGUUACAUCACCGUAUUUGUUUGGAGCCAAACAUGUGCCAAAUACUUUGACAACAACAUCUUUCCUGUCCUCACAUGUAUUCAUAAAAUUAACCUAUGAGUCGAUUUAGAACCCUCUGAGUGUAAUGUUGAUCAUUAGGGAUGACCUGGAAUAACAUAUCUAUGUAUUUUACAUGCUGUUCAGUGUAAAAGUUCAGAGUCUUGAUAUAUAACAUUAAUGUAGUUAUUCUGGAUAUUAGACUCGCCAUCCACAAAUCAAACUCAAUAUCUGACCAAAAUGUUAUUAUUUAGGAAGAGUGUUAACAUAGGUUUGCAAACAAAGUAAUAUCCAUUUGAAGUUUGAGAUUUAAAAAGCACCAAAACACCGUAUUAAAAUAAGGUAAUAAAUGUUCUUCACUUUAGUUGUCAGUGGUUUUAAUAUUGUGUCUGUUUUUUUGUUUUGUUUGUUUUACAUGUUAACUUCUUCUGUUCAGUUUUCUCUACCCGUCUUUACACCCACGCUUUUAGUUUUCUUGUGUUUUCUACAAUCUAACAUUUGCUUAGUAACACACAACUAAGUGAUGCUGUGAGACAAUGAAUUAAAAUGAACUAUUUUCAAUAUG